UUUGCCCUCGUGACGUGUGUGGACUAUGCUUUUGCAAACAGUAGCAUUGACAGAUUGCCAGAAGCUGAUAUCCUCGUCAGUGAGGACCUAAGUAGUCAUACCAAAGGAAAGAGGACAGAGUCAAGCUGUAUGCUGUAUGGCUGCUUCUGA